ACAGAAAUUACAUAGAAAAUUAAGAGAAAAACAUCUUUUAACAGCCUGAAGAUGAGAAGCCUCCUGACCACACAGAACCAGAAUUGUUACCGUGAGCUGAUCAUGAAGGAGGCCUACACCAGGCUAGCAUGGAAAAUGAGAUACGGGCAGGACUAUCCGAGGAGCUUCACUUCUCAUCAGGCCAAGGCUCAGGGCCUUCCUCAGCUGACUGUCCCCAAACCCGUCCUGCCUCCUUUGGUCAGCCUGCCUGAGAGGAAGCGAGUGCCCUCCCCUAAAGUGAAGCCGCACCUCAGCGAGGCCCCACUGAUGCGGCCUAUUACACCUGAAACCAGGGAUGCACUAUACCAGGGCUUCUCCAAAGAGGGGAAGGGCCGCCACCUAUACCUGCGGCAUCGUGUACUGAAGGGUCCAGAUGAGAGGUUUGACUACCCUAUACUGUCCUCCUGGGAGUACGGCUGGAGACUUGGUGACUAUGAACAAAUAUACAGAUCACCAGCUAAUGGGAGGUCGGGGAUUGUAAGGAGCACGUUUUAUGCCAGGAAUGGAAUUUUUAAUGUCCCCAUGGCAACAGAUCGUCUGGGAUAA